AUGAUGGAGUACAUGGAGGAUAAGUUUGCCUUGAAAAGCCAAGCGAUGAAGGGCAGCGAUUACUACAUGGACCAAGUCAUGGAGAGCCUGGACAGCGCGCAGUAUUUCACCAAGUCUUCCACGAAAUGCGUCCAGGCCUUCGGGCUUCAGAGCGGCGAACACCGCUCCUCGCCCUGCGGAGACCAGAACGCCAGUUACGGUGUGCCAAAGACAGACGACGACACUUUGCACUCUGACCUCGGGAGGUCGAUGGACAAUUGUUGCACUCUGCGCGCGUCUCCGGUGACAACCGGGCAGGAGAAAACGGAUUUGGACGACAUGGGAGACAAGUGCGACAGCAACGUGUCCAGCAGCAAGAAGAGGAGACACCGGACGACAUUCACCAGCGCGCAGCUGGAGGAGCUAGAGAAAGUGUUUCAGAAAACUCACUAUCCAGAUGUUUAUGUGAGGGAACAGCUGGCCAUGAGGACGGAAUUAACAGAGGCCAGAGUGCAGGUGUGGUUUCAGAACAGAAGAGCGAAGUGGAGGAAGAGAGAGCGCUACGGGCAGAUCCAACAGGCCAAGACUCACUUCGCAGCCACCUACGAUUUAUCAGUGUUACCGAGGACCGACAGCUACACACAGAUCUCCAACAACCUGUGGCCGAGUCCGGCUUCUGGUGGCUCCGUGGUCUCCUCCUGCAUGCUGCCCCGAGGCUCCCCACCCUGCGUCACUUCCUACUCGCACUCCCCCCGUUCGGCCGCUGGUGCCGCUGACCACGGCUACGUGGGCUUUCCCAAUCAGCAGAAUCAGUUCGGGCACGUCUCCCUCAACAACUUCUUCAGCGCAGACUCUCUCCUCACGCCGGCAACCAACGGUCACCACGCGUUCGAGACCAAGCCUGAGUUUGAGAGGCGCUCUUCCAGCAUUGCUGUGCUGCGCAUGAAGGCCAAGGAGCACACGGCCAACAUCUCCUGGGCCAUGUGA